CGUGAUUUGGUAUUUAUCCCGUGGUCAGCAGUAAGAGUGCUUGUGAAUUCUGUGUUUUGAUUCUGUUUGCAGGCUGUUGGGGGAAAUUGUUCAUUAGAAAUGCAGUGACUAUAAAAAAGGGAUGUAAAACGGAGUUCUUAUCUAUGAGUAGCUUAUCUGUGUGUGGAAAUAUAGAAACUUAUUUUACUAGGUUUUCUUAUUUUAUUUUUUUAUUAUUUUUUGCAUUAUACAUUACUUGGGUCAGAAACAAAACCAUGUGUUAAACCACAGAAUCUGUCAUGGAGGAGCUGGAUCCAGAGGAGCAGUUUCUUCAGGAUGCCAGAAAUGGGAACCUGCCAGGAAUUCAAAGGCUUUUGAUGUCUAAAAUAAAAGAGGAAGCAAAAUUUGACAUCAACUGUAAAGGCAAGAGUAGGUCAAAUUUUGGAUGGACUCCUCUUCAUCUGUCCUGUUACUUUGGACACAAGGAUGUUGUAGAGGAAUUGCUAAAGGCUGGAGCAGAUGCUGAUCUGACAAACAAUGUAGGAGACACACCUCUUCAUAAAGCAGCAUUCACAGGACGACAGGAGGUGGUGAAGUUGUUGCUUCAGUACAAUGCCUGUCCUUCUGUCAUCAAUGGCUCAGCUCAGAUUCCCAAAGACAUCACACACGAUGAGGAGAUCAGGAGCAUGCUGGAGGCGGCUGAGCGAACUGAGGAGAGGAAGUUGGAAGAGCAGGUGUUAGAAGCAGCUCGAGAAGGAGCCACAACUACCCUGUUAAAACUGCUGGCCAUGGAGAAACCUCCAAACAUCGACUGCACAGACCUGCUGGGUAACACACCACUACACUGUGCUGCAUACAGAGGCCAGAAACAGUGUGCAGUCAAACUGUUGCAGAAAGGAGCAAGCCCCAACAUCAAGAACAAGAACGGUCAGACUGUGUUUGAUCUUGCGAAGGACACAGACAUGAGGCAGAUACUGGAGGGCAGUCUGAUGAAAGGACGGAGGCGUUACGUUCAGAUGUUUGAAGGUCCUCUUUGGAAGAGCACCAGGUUUUUUGGCUGGCGUUCCUGCUGGGUUGUUCUGCAAGAUGGAGUUUUGUCAUGGUACUCAAAACAGUCUGAUGCUACAUCCAACAGUCAGAGUAAAGGCUGCAAAACACUGACCCAAGCCCAAUGUAGUACUAAGGACAGCUGCUACUUUACACUCAAGUGCUUUGAUGACAGUGUCCAUUAUUUUAAAGUCUCACCAAAAGACAACCCAGAAGAAUGCAGAAAAAAAUGGUUGGAGGCUAUUGAGGCACACUCGGCGUUCAGUACUCAUUACUGCUCACAGGAUCAAGGCAGUGAUGAAGAUGAGGAUGAGGUGAUAUUAAUGGGCGAGUUGACCGAGUCUCUCCAGUUGGCUGAGGCGUGUCAUGGGAAGUUGGAGUCUGAGGUGUUGUCCCUCCUCUCUAUGGUGAAAGAGGAUGCACUCAGUGAAGGCUUCCCAGUGGCAAUGCUACAGAAGCUCAGAGAGGUGUGUGAGGCGUCUAGUGAGACCUGUUCGAGUCUCCGUCAGUGUCUGGACUUGUUCUCCAAACAGGAGGGGGCACGCAGCUUGAAACUGGAGCAGGAAGUGGAGAAGAACAAGAUCCUCUCGGAGGCUCUGCAGACUUUGGCUACAGAGCAUCAUGAGCUAGAGCAGUCUGUGGUUGGAGGCUCGUCUCCCCGCAGUGCCGUUCUCAGCGAGGACGACUUCUAUGAUGCGCUUUCCCAGUCUGACUCGGAGCAUUCGCAUAGCUGUCUAGAGUUGAGUUGCUCGUUCGUGGAAGGGGACGAGGAAAGGUCAGAGCUCUAUUCUAGUGUGGCCGGUUGUCUUACUGGAGGGAGGAUGUCCCAAGAGGAUUGGCAUGGAGAUGAAGAGGAGGAGGAUGAAGAAGCCAAAUCCAAUAAAGGCAGAAAACACAGGACAAGUUUGCCAGCUCCCAUGUUUUCCAGAAACAACUGCAGCAUUUGGAGCAUACUGAGAAAAUGCAUUGGAAUGGAGCUGUCUAAAAUAACCAUGCCAGUCAUUUUCAACGAGCCGCUCAGCUUCUUACAGAGACUCACAGAGUACAUGGAGCACACUUAUCUCAUUCAGCAGGCUAACGACUCCACUGACUCCAUCGAGAGAAUGAAGUGUGUAGCAGCAUUCACAGUGUCUGCAGUGGCAUCUCAGUGGGAGAGGACAGGGAAACCCUUUAACCCCCUGCUCGGGGAAACCUAUGAGCUCGUCAGAGAGGAUCUGGGUUUCCGGGUGAUCUCGGAGCAGGUGAGUCACCAUCCUCCAGUAAGUGCUUUCCAUGCUGAGGGCCUGCAGACGGAUUUUGUUUUCCAUGGGUCCAUCUACCCCAAGCUGAAGUUCUGGGGUAAAAGUGUAGAGGCUGAACCAAAAGGCAUCAUGACUCUGGAGCUACCCAAAUAUAAUGAGGCGUACACGUGGACAAACCCGACAUGCUGCGUUCACAACAUCAUUGUGGGGCAGCUGUGGAUUGAACAGUACGGUAAUGUGGAGGUGAUCAACCACAGAACUGGAGAGAAGUGCUGUCUAAGCUUCAAACCUUGUGGUCUUUUUGGAAAAGAGCUGCACAAAGUCGAGGGCUACAUUCUUGACAAAAGCAAAAAGAAAGUGUGCGUUUUAUAUGGGAAGUGGACGGAGUGCAUGUACGCAGUGGAUCCAGCAAAGUUUGAGGCUCACAAGAAGAGCGAUAAGGUCACAGAGAAGAAAAGCAGUAAAGAGGGGUCCAGUGCUGAAUCUGAAGAAAGACAGCAACCAGGCAGCGACUCUCUGGAGGAGAUUCCAGGCAGCCAGUUACUCUGGAAAAUCACACCACGACCAGCAAACUCUGCCCAGAUGUACAACUUCACGUCCUUUGCCAUGCAGCUAAAUGAGCUACAUGAAGAGAUUGAAGCUGUAAUUCCCAAAACUGACUGCAGACUGAGACCCGACAUCCGCGCCAUGGAAAAUGGAGACAUUGACUUGGCUAGUGAAGAGAAAAAGAGGCUGGAGGAAAAACAGAGAGCAGCACGCAAGAACCGGUCCAAGUCAGAUGAGGACUGGAAGACAAGAAUCUCUGGCCCCAGGUGGUUUCAUCAGGGUCCAAACCCUCAUACCAACUCUCAAGACUGGCUCUUCUCCACGGCUUACUGGAACCGAGAUUAUUCCCAAGUGCCUGAUAUUUACUGAAUAAGAUCUUCAAGCUAACUGGUCCAUGUGGGGAUAUUUGUGGGAUAAACUUAAAAAGUUUUUUUUAAAGGAAACCGUUCCUAUUUAAUUCUUCAUGCAUAUCAAAUUAUAAAGGUGGAGUCAUUCAGUAAUGUAAAGUCAAUCAUGUGAAUAUUUAUGAGGAUUGAGGAUUGAAAUUAUCAGUGGUUAACAGAGGUGACCUUUUUUUAAUUAAAUGCAUUUGUAUGACUAUCAUCCCCUUUUCUAACGAAUCAGAACACAGGAACACUACUAGUUUUUAAUUAUGUACUAAACAUUAUUUAUUUUAAAUCUUUUUUUAUGCUUUACUUUUUCACUAAUGUACUGAGUAUUUUAAAAUAAUAUUUAACGGAGAUUUACAUUCUUCUUCAGAUUGGAAUGUUUGUUCUCAGUAACGACAAGGAAGUAACUGUUUAAAUUGUCUUGUAGUGAUUUGUAGUGAUUUGUAGUGAUUUACGCUGUGUGUGUGUGUGUGUGUGUGUGUGAGAGAGAGAGAGAGAGAGAGAGAGAGAGAGAGAGAGAGAGAGAGAGAGAGAGAGAGAAUCCGACUCAUGAAAACCUAAUAAUGUGAAACAUUACCUCACCAUAAGCAGAUUAUGUUUAUGUUAGCUUAGUUAGUUUAAGGUUGGUGAGCUUGUGGUGGACAAUUUGAGGUGCUUACUGCAUUUCAUCAACACACAGACAGUUUAAAGUUUAAUAUAACCUACUCCUGUUUAUUUGAUUCUAGAAUUCUGUAUAUUAUCAUUUGCUGUUGCUUUGUGUACAUCAUAAAUUUGUAUAGCUGGAUUUUGCUCAUCUGCUGAAUAAAACUCUGAACAGACCCAAGCAGAUAUGUUACUAAGGUCACAGAAGUGAAAAAUAAAAAUUAAAAAUAUCA